UGAUUGGCUCGCACGUUUGAGGUAAAACGUCCGCCCGGCCAAUCGACUGUGAUCAAGUGUCCACUCAGUGAACACAGAAACCCGCUGGGGGGGGACGUCUAUAAAACCCUGUGCUGUGGGAGUGUUCAGCAGAUACGCUGAGUCUCCUCAUUCCAGUCUUCAUCAUUAGAAGAUUUACUAUCUCACAGGAAUGAUGAUAACGCUCAAACUGUGGACUCUGCUUGUUGCCUGCGUGCUGAUCGUUUGUCAGGUGUACGUGUCGCACGCCGCUCCGUCCAGAAGUAACAAGGAGUCCAUGUCAGAUGGAGUCACACUGUCAGACGACGACGCGCAGCGGUUACUCAGAGCGAUCAAAGAGUUCAUGCAGAUAGCCUCAGACGAGCAGGACCACCAAACAGCUGACGGCAACAGCAACGCGACAGUACAGAAGCGGGCAUGUAACACGGCCACCUGUGUGACCCAUCGCUUGGCGGACCUGCUGAGUCGGUCAGGAGGGCUGGGGUACAGCAACUAUGUGCCCACCAACGUGGGGGCCCAGGCGUUUGGCAGACGGAAGCGGCGCGGCCCUGUGUGAGCACAGCGCUGGAUCCAUGGACUAAAGAGUUCCUCCUUUGAGAGACAAAACUGUGUCAUCAUCAGCCUUCAAACUCCUCCCAAAAAAUCUUCCUCACAAACGUGGACUCGCUUUGAAAAGAACAAACCAGUCGCCCACACUAAACAUCUAGUCUUGUGUCUUUGUUGUCAUGCAAAGGUAACUGGGAUUAUACUGUAUUUUCUUCUUUUCCUGUGUCAAACUCGCUGCUGUACAUUUGCACGACUGGCUAAACUUCUGCACAGCUGUGGCUGUCGUGGGCCUCGAUGUUUUCAUGUGACAUUUUCAUGAUGGCAGAUGUAGUAAACACUCGUGAGUUGCAGGAAUAAAUUGUAUUUUAGCUACA